UGUACUUUCUGGGACAUCUGAUGCAUGAGGCUGCACUUGAAGUGUGAUAGCAAGCAAUCCUCACAUUUUUCCAAGUGACAGAGGAAAAGCUUUCGUCAAGGAGAGUCUGAAUAUAUAGACUGGAGGAGCAGUUGGGUUUUUUGACAUUUUUACCUUUUUGAACAACCUCAACCUGCCGCCACCAUGUGCACGGGAGCCUGCUCUAAGUUUAUCGCCAUUCCGCUCUACGUCCUGGCUCUAGUGUCCAUGAUCUGCAACAUCAUUCUCUUCUUCCCUGACUUUGACACACAGUAUGCAGCCGCAGAGGGCCAACUCACAGAGGAGGUCAAAUACAUGGGGGGCUUUAUAGGAGGAGGCGUCAUGGUCCUCAUUCCUGCCAUCCACAUUCACCUGACCAGUGCUAAGAACUGCUGUGCCAACCGCUGUGGGAUGUUCCUGUCCAUUGGUUUUGCAGCAGUUGGCGUGCUGGGGGCCGUGUACAGUCUGAGUGCUGCUUCCCUGGGCCUUGCUAACGGGCCAACGUGCUACUUUAUCAACAUGCAGAACUCCAUUGCAAAUUGGGGGACGCCCUUUGCUAACAGCUCCGGGAGCUACCUGUCUGAAAAAGACACAUGGGCUUGGUGUAUACGUCCAAAGAACGUGGUUGAAUUCAACUUGGGCCUGUUCUCCACUCUGCUGGUGGCAGCAUGCUUGGAGCUCGCCUUGUGUCUCAUCCAGAUGGUCAACGGACUCUUUGGAUGUAUCUGUGGCACCUGUGGCAAAAAGGAAUAAGAUGAACUACAGCACACCAUGACUUCUUGAAGAAGAAACGACAGGGAUCAUCAUCAUCAUCGCCAUCAACUCUGUCAUUAUCCACGUCAUCAUCACCCAUUUUCCUAAUCUGCUGCGCCGGGGGGUGAUGAGAUAGAGGCGGAGAGUCGGAAGGAUUCAAGAGGAAUGACUGGGAUUAUAUCCAUGAUCUAUUGCACUGUUUUCAGAUACACUGAUCGAAGACUGUAGAUGGAAAAACGGAUGUAUGCUGUAUUUAUCUGUUAACUUGUACAUUUAAAAUAUUUUGUAACAAAUCUUUGAACAUGGGCUCACAGAGAACAGAAACAUGAUUUAACAGAGGCUAAACCUGGACUGUCUGAGGCAGAAAUUCAUCAAACAUACAUCCAAAGAUUGUCAUAACAAAUUGUCAUCUAUUUUUACUAUUUUCAAAGUUUUCAGGCUUUCUGUAGUUUCUUCAAAUCCCUUUUUGAAAACAUUCCUUAACUCAUGUGCUUGAAAUGAGUUAAACAAAGUCUUAGGUUCACAAAAGUAUUGCAAUACAUGAAUCAAAUAGUAGAUAUAUGUUCAUUAACAGUAUAUGAAACAAAUGUCCAGUGGAAUGUGAAUAAAUAUUUACCUAAAAACA